CUGUGAAGCAGAACAAUUUGACACUUGACAACACCAUUAUUGUGACAGUGACAGCCUAUUUUUUUGUGUAAUUAUAUAAGAAAGUAGCCAUCAUAAACUAAGUGGGAGAAAGAGGAGGAGAUGAGUGAUUGAUGAUGUGUUGUGCCUUACCCAGACCAUUGACAAGAGUAGCUGAAGAACACAUCACCAGUAAUGGAUGGAGAGGCGCCUGGUAUUCUCGUCACGGUGGAGGACAAGCUGUGUGUGGUGAAGCUGAACCGUCCCAAAAAGAAAAACGCCAUUCGAACGAGAGAGUACCGAGCCCUCAUUGGUGCGCUGCGUAAGGCCGCCAGUGACCCUGAGGUGACGCUGGUGGCAGUGACAGGGGAAGGGGACUACUUCACUGCCGGCAAUGACUUUGUGGAUGCCAUGCAGAAUGCCAGUUUUGAGCCGCUGGAUGAAGACGGAUCCAAGCAGAAAAAAGGCGAUGCAAAUAAAGUGAACGCCUUCAAAGAGUUCAUCACAGCCCUCAUCGACUUUCCGAAGCCCCUGGUGGCUGUCCUGAAUGGUCCGGCCGUGGGGAUGGGAGUCACCACACUGGCCCUCUUUGAUGUGGUGUAUGCAUCGGACAAGGCCACCUUCCACACCCCCUUCAUUAGCCUGGGCCUGGUGGCUGAAGGCUGCUCCUCCUACACCUUCCCUCGCAUCAUGGGGUCGGGGAAGGCAGCCGAGGUUCUUCUGUUUGAGAGGAAGCUGACAGCACAGGAGGCCUUCGAACGAGGCCUAGUGACGGAGGUGUUCCCCCACGACAGCCUUCACCAGGUGUGGCCGAGGAUACGCCGCUACGCCAAGCUGCCGCCCAACACACUCGUCAACGUCAAGAGGGAGAUCAGAGGCCACCACAGGGACAUGCUGCAUAAGGUCAAUGAUAUAGAGAUGGACUACCUCCAGAAAGCGUCCAGGAGUGAGGAGGCUCUCACCGGGAUCAUGAAUGUGUUUGCCAAGAGGUCCAAGCUAUGAAGGGUUGCCUGGUGCUGUCUUGUAUAUAUGGGAAGUCACAAAGGGAGUUCAAUUGUUAAGUCUUUCAUAGUAUUGUGGUAAGGAAUAGUCACUGUUCUUUGAGGGAUAUGUAUGGUUAUGUUCCUCUUCUUUUUCUUCAUUCAUAGUCCAUCUCCAUUCUUGAGGUCGGACUUGCGAUGAUUCUUCUCAGUCUUGCUUGAUCGAGUGCUAAUCUUUCCUCUAUUUCUAACACUACCAAGUCUUGUUGUCAAUCUUGCUUGAUCCAGUGCUAAUCCUUCCUUAUUUCCAACACUACCAAGCCUUGUUCUCAAUCUUGCUUGAUCCAGUGCUAAUCCUUCCUCUAUUUCCAACACUACCAAGUCUUGUUAUGUUUUUAUUAAUGUUGUGGUAAGUUCUAUUCUCUAUUCUUUUAUGGGGAACGUAUAUACAGAGGGAGAUCAAUACUUAGUGAUGUCUUUUAUAGUAUCAUAGUAAGUUCUGUUCAGUAUUCUUUUAUGUAGAUGUAAGCACAAAGUUUAAUAGUUACAUCUUAUAAUACUGUGGUCACUUCACUUCUUUUAUGGCAAAUGUGUGUACAGAGAGGGCCAAAUACUUAUGCCUUUUAUAGUAUUGUGGAAAAGUCUAUAUGUUGUUCUUUUAUGGGGGGUGUAUAGAAAGGGAGAUGAAUAGGUAUAUCUCCUAUAAUAUUGUGGCAAGUAGUACUAUUAACUUCAUUUAUCAGGGGUGUAUGUGAAGAGUUUUAUAGUUCUUUCAUAAUAUUGUGGUAACUUCCAUUAACUGUUCUUUUAUGGGUGUGUGUAUGGAAGCUUUGUCAGUGGGUCAUGGUGCUACUUAAGAAUGAUAAGGCUAGUGAGGUCAGGGAAGGCUCCGAGAAGUGUUGGGCUUGAAUAGAGUUGUGAGGAUGAGAGUAAACAAUGCAUUACCUGUCAUCGUGGCUGCUGUGUGGAUUUGGGGGAAUAUAUGUUUUUAAAUUAA